CGCUCUAGCGUAAAAACGGUCCAAGAUGCAAGCAUUUCUGAAAGGAGGGAGCUCUUCUGGACUGAAGUCGAAGAAGGACAAACCUUUGUCAGAUGCCAAACCAGGAUCCAGCAAAGAGAGAAGGCAGCCCAAUGCACCAUGGGUGGAGAAAUACCGCCCACGAACCGUAGAUGAUGUCGCUUUCCAGGAGGAAGUUGUCGCCGUUCUCAAGAAAUCCCUGCAAGGCGCUGAUCUCCCCAACCUGCUGUUGUAUGGACCACCUGGUACAGGAAAGACUUCUACUAUCCUGGCUGCUGCAAGGGAACUCUUUGGGGCAGACCUGAUGAAACAGAGAGUUCUGGAGCUUAAUGCCUCUGAUGAGAGAGGCAUCCAGGUGGUUCGUGACAAGGUGAAGACGUUCUCUCAACUGUCGGCAUCAGGGACAAGGCCUGAUGGCCGUCCGUGUCCGCCAUUCAAAAUUGUAAUCCUGGACGAGGCGGACUCCAUGACAAACCCUGCACAGGCUUCCUUAAGGAGAACAAUGGAGAAGGAGACCAAAACAACCCGCUUCUGUCUCAUCUGUAACUACAUCAGCAGAAUUAUUGAGCCGCUGGCAUCCAGAUGUGCGAAGUUCCGGUUCAAGCCGCUUUCGUCCGACAUCCUCCAGAAGAGACUCAGACACAUCGCUGAGGCUGAGAAGGUCAAUGCCGAGGACAAGGCGAUCACAGCCCUGAUUGACACCAGUGAGGGGGACCUGAGGAAAGCCAUCACAUACCUGCAGAGUGCUCACAGACUCAAGGGGGAGGACGCCAUCACAGAGAAGGACAUUCUGGAAAUCACUGGGGUCAUCCCAAAGGACAUGGUCUCACAGCUGAUUCAGACCUGCUACUCGGACUCAUACGAGAAACUAGAGAAAUCUGUCAAGGAUUUGAAAGCAGAAGGCUACUCAGCAGAGCAGGUUAUCUUACAGAUCCAUGAUGAAGUACUGCCCAGAGAAGACCUGACAGACAAGCAGAAGUCGGUCAUUGCUGAAAAAAUUGCCGUUUGCGACCAGCGACUGGCAGACGGAGGGGACGAAUUUCUGCAGCUCAUGGACCUGACCUCUGUGAUGAUGCAGCAGUUCUGUCACCCCGGCAACUGACACACCCAUCGCCAUGGCAACCUGUAACCUUGACAACUGAUGCUUUAGAUACUA